UAGACCACCGCUACCCCAAAUCGCAGCUGGCAGUUCCACCUUAAGUAGCCUGUGACAUCAAUCUCUCUGCUUGUUGGUGUGGGGUUGGAUUUCCGGUGGUGGAGGUUAGCAGUUUUCUUUGCUAGGGUCCCAGCUUUUUUUUGGUUCUCAGCUCUGGAGAAGAAGGACUGUACAGCUGCCUGGGUUUUUCCUUCUUUUAUCCCUACUUUAGUGCGCCGAUCGUGGGGUCUGCCGCCUUGGCUUGGAAGGAAGCCCUUGUACUUGAGGGUCUUGCUGUGUUGCAGGCAUCCUCCUUGUCUCUCUAAGCCCGCAGGCUCUCGGACUACCUCCCCGUGAUGUGUAAAUCGUUGACGGACGAUGCCCGAUAGUACUGGCAAGAGAUUUAAACCCACCAAGUACAUUCCGGUCUCCGCUGCAGCUGCUUUACUAGUGGGAUCUACUACCCUGUUCUUCGUCUUCACGUGCCCUUGGCUAACAAAAGCAGUCUCUGCUGCAGUCCCCGUGUACAAUGGGCUUAUGUUUGUGUUCGUCCUGGCUAACUUUAGCAUGGCUACAUUCAUGGACCCAGGAAUAUUUCCAAGAGCGGAUGAAGAUGAAGAUAAAGAUGAUGACUUCAGAGCACCACUUUAUAAAAAUGUCGAGAUUAAAGGGAUCCAAGUACGGAUGAAAUGGUGUGCAACAUGCCACUUCUACCGUCCCCCACGGUGCUCUCACUGCAGUGUGUGCGAUAACUGUGUGGAGGAUUUUGAUCACCAUUGCCCAUGGGUGAAUAACUGUAUAGGACGAAGGAACUAUCGCUACUUUUUCCUCUUCCUUCUGUCACUGAGCAUCCAUAUGGUCAGUGUGUUCACCUUUGGGUUGAUCUAUAUUUUGCAUCACGCUGAAAAAUUAGGUGCUCCACAUGCUGCAGUCACCUUGACGGUUAUGUGCGUGGCAGGUUUGUUUUUCAUUCCAGUCGUUGGUCUCACAGGAUUCCAUAUGGUCUUGGUGGCCAGAGGCCGUACAACAAAUGAACAGGUAACAGGCAAGUUCCGAGGAGGGGUGAACCCAUUUACAAGGGGGUGCUGUGGAAACAUUGAAUAUGUUCUAUGUAGUCCUUUGGCGCCCAGGUACAUGUCUGAUCCAAGGAAGAAGCAGGCAGUUAGCAUCAAACCACCAUUCCUCAGGCCAGAGUUAUUGGAAAGGAAAGUUACUCUCAAAGUUAGUGACAAUGGAAUCCAUGCCAGUCUCACUCGGAGCAAGUCCAAAUGCAGUUUGAAUGCCUUGGAGGAAAGAACUGUAGAAGUCCAAUCCAAUCUGUCCUCAAAAGCUGAUCCCAAUAAAUAUGCAGAAUUCACAGAACAUCUAGGAGGAGGUGAUGAAUGCAGUAUUUCAACUAACGCCAUCAGCCCUUCAACACCUGCAAUGUAUAAAUACCGACCACCAUUUUCAGCCAAUUCCAAGGUUCAUUACCACAAUACAAGUGACCAGAUUGGUAUGCAGGAGCUGCAUCAUGAGGGAGUUUUCAUGGCUGACAAUGGCGGGAGCAAUGAUUACCAGUCAGAGUCAAACCUGGACAUCAGAAAUGCCAGAAAACACUCACUACACAAUACCUACCAGUCCAACCCUCUCCAGUUUGACUCCCCUGCUCUCAGUUCCAGAACUCUGAGUUUCAAGUCAGCCCAUAGGAGAGGCACAGAAAAACUACCCCUCCAACAGAUGAAAUCUGAUGGGGCAGCAUCUACCCCAUAUAAGAGCAUUUUUGCCCCCAACUCACUGUCCAAUAGGAAUGGGAGCCUGUCUUAUGACAGCCUGUUGAAUCCAGUUUCACCAGGCGGUGGCAAAUGCAUAGCGCAUUCUGGUGCUACAUCUGUAGGAUAUCAUUCUCCUUAUCUUUCAGCGAAAAUGUGCCACCUACGUGGAAGUGAACUACAGAGGCCACCAAUGCAAAGCUACAGCCCUGUGCUGGGAAGGUCAGCAGCACAUCAACGAGAUCCUUCACCGGUCCGCUACGACAACCUUUCUAAAACAAUUAUGGCAUCCAUUCAAGAGCGUAAAGCAAUGGAGGAACGGCAGAAACUUUUGCACUCCCACACUGAAUCAGUGUUUGCAGACUCGGGGGUUUAUGACACACCCAGCUCGUAUAGCCUUCAGCAAGUUAGCACUUUGUCGGAAGAUCCCCGCUGCACAUCUGUGAGGUUUGGCUCGCGGGAAAAUGUAAUGGGUGCAUCUAAUUUUAGCACACGGAACCCAGUUUUGCGGUCUUCUGUUACCUCCCUGACUAACUCAAUGGUCAGGGUCCCAAGGACUUCAACAACUUCCCUUCAAGCUGAUUUAGCCAAUAAUAAUGUACAGUCCCAUCAACCACUGCAAAGUAGACCAAGUGAUAUGUCCUAUAGGUCCCCGGGACACCACGUUCCGUCAUCCCCAAUGGCAAUACCAAGGUCCCCCUCCUAUGGAAGCCCAAAGCCUCUUUCCUUCAUCAGUGCCAUGGAAAUGACAGAAUCUCAGUCACUAGGAACUCCAAGCUGCAGGGAUGAGAUUCAGUUGCAAGCAGCACACUGUAAAAUUAAUGGACAACCUAAAGGGAUAUCUAGACCAGACUGUCGACUGGGGUCCUCAUCUAGUUCCCAAGGGGCCUCAGUUAGCCCUUCCAGACACUCAAGUGUUAAAAAGGUAUCUGGAGUUGGUGGGACGACCUAUGAAAUUUCAGUAUAGAAGUGUCGCCGAUGACGCCUGUCAGGAAAGCAAGAGUGCACUGUGAAGACUCAGAUCCCUAAGGGAAAAUAAAAACAGAAUCCCACCAAUCAGCAGCUGUUCGAAUUGUCCAGUAAGCUGCAGCCUUAUUCCAGAGAGUGAAUAAAAACAGCCAAUCACAGACUUUUUAAGUGACUAGAGGUGCACAGGAUGAUACCCUGGUGCUGUAACAGGGUGCUGUAUCUGUGAAAUAAUUAAGUGUUAAAAAGCCAUUGUGCAUUUUGUCUGUUCAAAAGUCUGUGUGCAAACCGUGCUGUCAGAGUGUGCACUUGUAAGUGGGACUUAUGUUUUCUGUUUUAUGGCACUAAAGCAUUUCUUUGAAAGUGGACCCAAUAAUACUCUUUACACAUGGCCAUUAACAGAGGUUCCUAGACAUUGUAAUAUAUAUAUAUGUAUAAAUACCAAGUAGUACAUGUCUGUCUGCAGUCCAUGUGAAACUGCUAUAUAUCGCCAAAGGUUUAUUUGCUCUUUCCCUUAUUUUAGGGAAGACCUGAAGAUCCUUAAAGUAUUUACAGAGCUCCCUUUGGGGGUAGAAUUUGCUACAAGACAGCGUGUUAAAAUAACUUUGGUGUGAUUUUCUGUGUGUAUGUGUGUGUCUGUUUAUGUGAAUGGUAGAAAUUAAAUACAACGUGGGUACAAUAAACAGAGACUUUUAUGUUAGUUUGAUGCCAUCUGGCAGAGUUUUGACUGCAUUUCUCUUCUGCCUUCUCCCUUAACCCCCCCCAAACAAGGUGUCUGGACAUUUAAUGUAUGAAAAGGAAGUGAACCAAUCUGGCAUUUUAAGUACAGACAAAGGACAGCUUAUGGCUAACAGAUCUAACCCUUGAUGAGCUUUGAGUCAUGGCAUAAAUCUGAAUGUGUGCCUUAUGCUCCUAAGGCUUACAUUAACUAAGGGAACUCAGUCGCUGAACUGCCUUAAUGAUGUUUAGGAAAAUUAUGUACUGUUACAUUUUAUUGAAUUUUUUUACAGUUUAAUUUCUAGUAUUUUUAUCAUGCGUAAGGAUUUCUAGACAUCCAUAAUCUUAUGUAAUACUUUUAAUGGGAGUGGUCCAUUUCCAGGUAUGCUGUUCCAGUAACUGGUACAUUUUUUGUGCUCCGGAACUCAUAGAAUUUCAUACUGUUAUGAGCAACUUGUACAAUACUGAUAAAAUGGUCUGGGUAGGUGAGCACAUGCACUAAUAUAGAGUAUGAAAAGCAUUGUUUUCAAAAAACGGCAUGUAGAGUUCUGGAGAAACUUGUCCCAUGUAAUGGUGGUUGUAACUGAAUAAGCACAGACUGUUAGCAGCAGCAGUUAGAAAACCAAAAAAAUGAACCUCUUGAAAUUGCUUACAUAUAUACUUCAAGCCUAAUUGCAGUCCUGGUAGCCCACAUUAUGGACAAAUAUUAGGAUUCUGUCAGGCCGGCAUGUUGUAGAACUGAGUAUCCUCGAGAACCAUAACCUUCUACAAAACUGAAGAAUGUUUCAUAGCUCCUGUCAUAGUACUUUUGUAAAGCUAAACGGAAUAGAUGUUAAGUUGGAAGUUGUACCUGUGAUGUGAUCUGUAGAAUUUUUGUUAUCUGGCGGCAGGCAGUUACAUAUCAGUUGUAGUGGUUCUCUUUCUCCUCUGCCUUACAUCUAUUAGACACUAUCACCCAACUGUAGGCUCAGCUAAGCUGCUCUUUAUUCUUUGUGCAUUCAAGGAAUAAAAUAAUUACUAUAUACAAAAUACUGAGUAGUGCCUGUUCAUCUAUAGUGACUGUAGGUCACAGAUCGUCCCAUUACUAUUAGAACUACUAUGAUUUACAUGAUUACAAGAUCUGUUUAAAUACUUUAACAGCUGUAAUGCUGUCAAUAUUGGUGAAAGUAUGACCGUGUUUCAUAUAAUAGGACACCACUGAGGGAGAGGUCACUGCAGCAGUAAUGUAUUAUACAAGGGUUUCUAGUUACCACUGUUAGUGUGUUACCUACCAGUCUGCCACCUUUAUAUGCUACCAUUCAUGCCACAUGCAGACUAUAGUAUGAUACCCAUCCACAAAUGCCCUGUGUAAAGGAGGUUUUCAGAUGUCUUCUUCAGUUCUUUGUGCCCUGAAAGCAUGGCUUCUCUACACAUGUUGAAUGCUGUAGAUAAUGCGUUAUGUAAGAAUGAAAAAAGAGAUUGCUCAAGACAGGUGUUCACUGUUUUGGGGACUUUCUCAAUUUCUUAAUGUUGUGUGACAUAAGAGUUUGUAUAUGUAAGUUGUUUUUUUUUUUUUUUUUGGGGGGGGGGGGGCAAUGGCAAAAAUAACUUGUUUUGAGUUGUCCCAUGCAAUUCAGUAUUAUGAGCUGCUUUUUGAGACUAUAUUACCAAGCAUGUGCAAUACGAGCUUUGGUAUUCUCAGAUUUCAUAGUAGAAGCCGAGAACACACAUUAAUAUAAUGGUGGUUUGUGGUAGCGACUUGUGUAAGUGAUGUUUGUGGCAUAGUCUGAGUAAGUUCACUUAGAAGGUAAAUUGUUAUAUAUACAUGUAAGCAUGACUGGAAUACUAACGCUAAAUACUGUAUCCAAGGGGGUCAGAGGAUGGGAGCCUGUUACCACUUAGUGACCUCUCCCUUAGAGAACAGAUGUCACAAUGAAUACUUUUACAUGUAUUUGCUGUCCUAUUACUGUUAUGGAGAGUACUGUUGUAUAUCUGUUAUCUUACUACUGGUUUUGUGAGUAUUGCCAUAUAAUAAUGCUGUCUUCUGUUAUGGUUAAUAUUCUCACAUACGUUUAUGGUGUGUGUAAUCUCACAUAACUAUGUUUUUUUUUACCAAUCUUAUGGUGAAUAGUCUCACCAUAUUUAUGCCAUCAUGCUACUAUUGUGGUGAGUCCCUUCACAUAACUAUGCCAUCUUACUACCAUUAUGCUGAGUAUUCUCACAUAAAUGUGACACAACUACGACAUUUCACUACUCUUAUGGUGAGUGCUCUCACAUAACUGUGGCAUCUUGCCACUGUCGUGGUGAGUACUGUCACAUAAUUAUUUUACCUUACUACUGCUAUGGCGAAGUUAAGUAGUUGCAGAAGUAUUCUUGUGUACUUCAGGGAGUCAUAAAAUUUGGGCAGCCUCCCAGGUAGCUGUAGAGAACUCGUUACCAUGGUCAUUUAGAAGAUAUCCUGCAGUACUUCUGCAGUGAAGCUAGCCUGUCCUUGGGACUGGAUGUUACAGUCUCUAACAUUUAGUAAAGGUGUGGACAUUAGUCCAGCUUGCUGACUACAAGAUUCUGAGUCAACACAUUUUUGAAGAAAAAAACGUGAAGUAGCUGCUACCCUAGCAGAGAGCCUUGACAACUCCUUUCAAAAUUUCAGGUGCCAAAUUCAUUCAUUUUCUGAUACCUACUUUAUCCUUUUCAUGGUCAUAGUGCAGCCAGAUCCUAUUCCUGCCCAGUACGCAAGACUCAUAACUUCUGAAUGGGACACAUUCACCAUGAAACACACACCCCUAAGGGAAGUUUAGAUGACUUCCAGUUCACAGUAUCAGAUAUUCUUGAGAUGUGGAGGGAAACCAGAGCACCCAGUGUACGCCCAUGUAAACAGUCAAGGACAUGCAGACACUGCACAGCAGGUACCCCAACUCAUCAUAAAUUGCAGUACAGUGGGCCAGACAUUUAGAAAAUAUCUGUUUAACAAGCAGAAUAGAUAAGGUAACAGGUAUACAACUUUUGCUCAGCCUUUCAGAAUUUCCUGUCCAAGUUUAUUAAUGGGUGUAUAGCGAUUGUUCAAAAUGUUGAGUGAUUGAACCACAAAUCAUCAAUCCUAGCAUAUCGAAGAGUCAUAAACUUUAAAACCUAAAUCAUUGAAAAGUAAAAUAUUGCCCAAAGAAAACAAUCGGUUUUCUUUGGUGCUCCAUUAACAGAACACUACCACAAUUUCCAGACAUACUGUGUCUGAGUUAUGAUAGUGUUACAGAAAGGUUUUUGUCUAAGGUGAGGUGCAGGAUUAGGAUUAGGGUUAAUGCACAUUAAUAAAGUGGGCUAGGGAACUUCACUUCCUGACUCUAAUCCUAACCCCAACCCUUACCUAAGAAAAACCCUUUCCGUAGCAUUACCACUAAUGAAGGUACUCGCCACAUAAGUUGAUGCACACACACAGCACUACCUCUAUCCACCUGCCUAACUCUUACUCUAAAGUUAACAGAUGAAUACUCACACAUUCCCACCCCCCCAAACCCAUACUCACCUCCACAAAUUAAUUUUCAUGCUUAUGACAUUUCCACCCCUCGAUCAAACAUACAUUCAAACAUAAGUAAUUUAGAAUAGUUAAGGCCACACUUAAUUCUUUUGAUGAACUAUGCAUUUGAAAAAAAGAACAGUAGCCCAUCUUACCUGCCUGUGAACAUCAAGUCUGUGUGGAAGGUAUUCACUGUUCAUUUGGCAUUUAGUAAAAAAGGCAGGUGGCUGGAUGGAUUAGUUCAAAAAAUAUGAGCUGACCAACUUGGGCAUGAAUUUUAUAUUCCUUUUCAAUGAUAACUCUUGUCUUUAUGAGACAUCCAGAAAGAAGCAUCUCACUGGAAACUGGUGAGCCAGUGGAAGUGUUUGCUCCAAAGGAGAAUGGGGUUUCUGCAGAUCUACAUCACUUGAGGAAGCAAGUGACAGACUUACUCUGUGCCUGUUAUUCACCUGUCCCAGAGAUAUAAUUGGGCAUAUGUGGGAAAACAGGGCAAGAAAUGAAAACCCAAUCCCUCAUACAGGUGAUGGCACUACUGCCAGCUGAGAUGACCCUUGUUCCAAGAGAAUACAUGGACCAUGGGGCUAUCAUUCUGGGAAUCAAGUAGGUCUGUAGAGUGACCAUGGAGAGGCUUGGUGGUCAAAUGAAGACCAAAACAUCUGACUAAUAUGGACCAAGUGUUCUUGAGGAGAUCACAGCCUCCUACACAUUGCUUUGGUCCAGGAGGGGUCCCAUCAUAUGAAGAAUCUGUUUUUGGAACUUGGAAUGAAAGUAGGUGGAAGAAAAUCAUCCCUUUUGUAAAACUGCUUGCCUGCAAUCACCUCAAUUCUUUUGUUACAGACAGAAGGUUUGGAAUGUAUUGCUCCAAAGAGUUUGUUGCUUGUUUGCAUAUAGUUUGAUUGCUCACAGGAGUGUAACGUACCAUCAGAAACAAGAAGACAAUGAACCUCCAUAGCUGUAAUGUUGUGAAAUGCUAAAAGUUUAUUUUACUUCAAUACCUGAAGCAAAAAAGGUUACCAAGUUUGAAACUUUUUCUUGAAGGAGAAAACUGUUGACAUCAAAGAGCUUAGGACUGCUCCCAGAAAUUUAAUUUUCUGUUGUGGGGAAAAGGUAGGAUCUGGAAUACUUAAUUAUUGUUCCCCAACUGGUUGAAAGUUUGAGUUGCCAAAAAUAAAAGACCCUGCAGCUGGAACAUACGAUGAUUAUACACUCAUCAGUGUAAACUAAUAUCCAUGAAAUUUUCUUCUGUGGCUCCGUAUUUAAACAGACAAAACAAAAGAAGCUUAGCAGUUGAUAAAUAUGACUGGAGCAAUAGAAAUUCCAAAAUAGAAGAAUCAUAAAGAGAAAACAGGGUUUCCAAUUGAAAAUGCAGGAACCACCAGAGAUGAUGUCAUAUGGGGAUAUGCAACUAGACAUCCUGCAAUGGGUUGUAGCUGAUAGAACUGAUAGUAGUAAUAACUUUCUUUAAAUUGUAUUUAAAAUAAAUAACUCAUUCUUUUUCCUUUUAACUGUUUAUUUAUACUUAUACUGUCACACAAUAUAAACCCAAAGCUAUGUAACAGAAAUUGGACUCCAGCAAGAUAAAGUAAGCCUUUUACCUCACGGCUUUUUCAAGCAGUUUUUUUUAUCAGCAUGCUUGGCUAGACAUAACCUUUUUAUGGUAGUUUUUUUUUCAUUUUUAUUUUUGUAAGCUGCAGGAUGAGUAGUAGGAAAUGUCUGUUGACAGCAGUCGAACGUUGUACAUAACUGGAUCGGGUUGUAUCUAAGUGUCCUAGAAUAACCCCCUUAAAAGCAGGUGUACUGUCAUUUAUAUGUGUUAUAUGAGACCGCGGUGGUGGUGCUGCGGUAGCGUUGUCACCUACAGUAUGACGUUUUCCUGUUUGAUUC